AUGGAGGCUCUGAAGGCUAAACCAAACAGUUCUAUAGUCUGGAUUGGUCUGUAUCGAGAACCCUGGACCUGGUCUGAUGGGAGCCUGAGCUCCUUCAGAAACUGGUUACCCUCUGGAUUAAACAACAACAAAAACAAUGAGCACUGUGCUCUUGAGAAUCCCCAGCAUCAAUGGGCUGAUGGUUUCUGUGACCUCCCAUAUGUUUUUGUCUGCCAGCAAGUUCCAAAGACAGAAAGGAAAACAACUUUGAGGAUGAAAUUCAACACUGAUGCUGACCUGACCGACCCAAAAGUCAAAGCCCAGAUUCUGGAGCAGCUUCAAUCAUUGCUGAGCAGUGGUGGAAGGACAGACAUCAAACUGCAGUGGAAGAUUGAACCCAAGAAAUAGAACAGAGAAUGCAACAGAUUCACACUCAUCAUGAAGAAUCUCAUAUAUCUAUCAAGCCUGUACUUUUUUCUUUGCUAGAUUUAUGCUACAGCUAAACACAUGUAUUUGGGGGCUCCUUCGGGAAAGGGUUUUUCAAAUGUCCUUAGAAGAUUUGUCUGA